AUGGCCGAACACGCUGCAGCAGUGCGGAGAAAUGACGCCAGCCCUCAAGUUGCGGCUCAUUCGAGGGGUUCCGGCCACACAUUCAAAUUUGACGAGGCCGAAAUUCUCGCAAGAGGUGACAACCGCGUGAGCCGGGAGCUGCUUGAGUCAUGGUUCACUGGCCCCCAGUCUAUUAACAAGUGCAAUGAUCUUCCCAUUCAAUACCUCGUGCUGAGACUUCGUCUAGGCGGAGUAAUUGGCCACACGGGGAUCGCACUGGUGAACACGCUUCCCAACACCCGGGUCAACGCGUCAGAUGGUCGAGCAAUCAUCACACCAACAUCCAACGCACGUGAUGAAAUUGCAGCAAUUAACGACGCGAAUAUCGGCCAUCACGCCACGGGCAACGAACCGUGAUGAAGGAGAGGAAGCCGCAAAUAUUCAUAGGUGUGCGGUAGCAUGGCUACUGCAUCCUAUAAAUACUGCAGCCGCAUUUGCAUGAGCCACCCUUAUCUGCUUAUGUCUCUGAUGAUGGAUUCGAGCAGGAAUCCGAAACGUCAGGUUAAUAAAGCUCUUGUCCCGGCGAUCGUGUCGCAGAAUGUGGGGGGGGACAAAUUACCACCAAGGAUGCUGGGGUGGAUCGUGCAGUAAGUGAGCUCCUAGUGACAGUUCGACUGCUGAUUUCGACGAUGUCCACCGCUUGUUACACAGCAGAGGGUGAACAGGCACGGCGACUUGCGCGGGAACGAGUUUAUAGUGAUAGUAGACCUGCACAGCAUCUACCAUGCCGUCUCCUCCUCGCCUACCCGAUCGGUAUCAUGACCGGAAGUAGGAGAGGGCGCAGAUGGCUGGCGCUGCCGAAGUUGCUACUAGACAUGCUGUCACGCCAAGCUAGGAUCCCACUAGGUGGGUUUGCCAUAGAGGAAACAUUGCAGUCUGGCUGUCAGCCUACCAGUACACCAAUCCACUCAAGCACACAUUGGGUUUACUGCGAGGGCCCAGUUAUCCCGCCAGUUGGUCACCUUCAAAGCCACGGCUUCUAACUCACCGUGAUAGUUUCAUGCGUGACAGAUUGUUUUUAGUGAAGAAGGUGCGCUGAGACGUCGACCUCACGCUAUCUUCUCAGUCCCACCUAACAGGAAACUAUCCGAGCCAAUCAGAUUUCUAAAGCUGGAAUCGAGCUCAGUGGCUGACAGAGUUAGAGGGCUCGUCUGCGCGCGCUGCGUGCACGACCUUGUCCCCAAACCUACACUCCGGCAUUUUAAACGCAAGGACAUUGGAAAGUUUGGAUUUCACAUACAGCAAAGGGACCACAUGGAGAAAGGAACCGAAAAACACACUUCCCAGUUAAGUGAGAAGUGCCGGUGAUAGGUGGUGUGGGAGGAAUGUAUACGUGGUGCAUGAGUUGGUGGUGUCUGCAGUGACUUACCGCAGGUCUUCAUGGAGACACAUAUGAUCGACUAGGACCUUUUGCGGAAUCAAUGCGUGUAGACAGUAUGGGCAGUGGAGUCGGGUACGGUAUGUGUAUGUUAGAGCUCCUAUAAAAUGUUCACCAGGCCAUGUGCGAUGGAUCUACAAUGGCCUAUGCGUGAUGUACGUAUGCUCUGACAGUGAAAACAGGAUAAGGUCGGCGCUUCAGAAUCGGUUGGAGUGGUAAAGCUAUAAGCCGUUGUCGUGCUAGACGAUGGUAAAUUGUUAGUUAUGGGUAUGGGAACGUUGUCAAAAUGCAGGAUGUCCUGGAAGUGUUGAUGUUGCGAUGUGUUCCAUUUUCAUGUUCGUGUGACCGAAUACGCCCAUGCGGAGAGUGGAUGUGUAUAUGCGGUGAGAGCGGUGAAGGUGGGUGCUGGGAGGGUGUGCUGGGACGCCGGGCAUCGACCACAGUGUGAUGGGAUCGCAAGCGGCCGAACAGGCUGUUGCAUGGGAAACAUGUGAGAUUACAAUAUGGACAAGUUGUGAUCAAGUCUGUAUUGCUGGUGGGAGGACGUUGGUUAUGAAAGGGUUGUAGCUGACGGGACAUCUGAUGCUGUUUCAUUGACGGUGGGAGUGGGAGAAAGGGCGAUGUUGGUAGAGCUGGUGGUAGUUAGCGAUGCAGGGGUUGGAGUGAGGAUGACGGUGCCGGUUUUCCAUGGCCAUGAGGCAUCCGCAUUUUAGUCACCCCUGAUGGAGGCGGUCGUCGUAGUUGUCCUCUUGGAGUGGAAGGCGGGGGUGGCAGUAGUGCUUUCUGUGAAAGAAGUUGGCGUUGACGGGUGUCUGAAGAAGCCACUUCGCGCUCAGAGUGUGUGCGUUGCUGGCGUGGGCAUACUGAAAACUGUUGAGUACUGGCGGUGUGAAUCCGAAGGCGCUUAGGACUUGCGAGCCGUCAUUUUGGUUUUAUUGGCGGAGACCCAAUUUGCUUCGCAGAAUGCUGCGCCCGUCUUGAUUGCUCUUCUCCAGGACUGUCUACCCUGAGUGAGGUUCUUUCAGGUCUCCGUGUUCAUAGUAAGGAUGAAUUCUAUGGCAUUAACCGCACUCAUUUCCAUCUCUCGCCCACCUUAUUCAAGUGAGGGGAAAAAGUCAUAAUGAUUAAAAGUGGACGUAGAUACACCGGCUUAUUUGACCGAAUUCACGUUUACGCGUACCACGGACAUGCUGGCCACUGCUGGCAUGAAGCAGUUAUAAGUCUCAGAACUGCUAUAUCAAGAAAAAACCAUUGCAUCUUGGCAAUAGACCUAUAGAAAGACUUAAAAGGUUGUCGAACUGGAGGUAGCAAAGUACAGAACCUUAGAAGAAACAACUCCAUCAACCAGAAGCGCGAUUAUUAAAUUUUGGCGUGCGUAGUUAAGUUCAAUGCAACGAAAACAGGUCUGAGCUUGCAUCCUGCUUCUCAAAUGUUUUCUGUCAAGGACGCCUCAACGAGCUCUUCUUCCACAAGAGUUUAUUGGUCAUGCAGUUACAUUGGAAGAGCGCGCAGCCGGCUUGCUGGUCAGUUAUGCGGCCCGAACGACUAGACAAAAGGGUGUGGUUACAUAAGGAGUCGGCAUAAAUUAGUGCAUUAGCGGAGCGUUCUAAGGCAGUUUCUGUUCCACUACUCGAAGUGGGUGACGUCGUCAAUUAAGUGCGCAAACGCUUGCGAAAAAAACACCAAUCACCGCGAAUUCGGCGCAGGUACACCGUCCAAAACUCCCAGUUAACAAGGGUUGCCAUUAAAUGGAAUGACAACAUAAAGAAAGUAACAGCAAUAAUAUUUCGUUGGCUAGAGGCAGAAAAUUUAGACAAAGCGCAAAAUCCUGUAAAAUGAGUAAACUCGAGUUCUACAAGUACAUAAAAUCUGGGCAUGCAGAUGAGUGAGUAAAUAAAGUAAAAUGGGUAAAAUCACGUUUAAAAGUAGCAUGUCAGUGCGGUUCGCAUCUUCAAACAGCAGGAAGUCGAAAGAGUUUGCACCUGCAGUUGCGGAACGAUUUCAUUCGGUUAAAAAAUCGACCAAAUACUACCUUUUGACAAACUACAACAUUCCCCAAUAAUGGCAAGGAAUUAUGGCUAUCUGUGGAUUUGGAAUAGACUGGCCAUGUACAUGUAGUGGGCUACCUCAUGAAAUAUUAAUCGAAAUUCCGAAAUUAUUUUUCGUUUCAAAAAAGAUUAGUUAAGUAGGGUUGUUUAACUAAUCAUCAUGCAGUACAAUUCUAUAGUUAUUCAGUUACUUCAGGAUACCGGCUUCCGAACAAACUUCUUUUUGGCUACAUGAAAAAACCACACUCUGUAAAAAAUGUCUGCUUAUAUAGCAGGCAUUUCUCUCACUGAUUUUUGAUGCCCCUAAAAAUUCAAUUAUAUUUCAUGGAAAACACGCAUACAAAUAUUCAUUCUUUUGCUCAUUCAGCAUAAAAUGACGUCCGCUUCCUGUUUUUUACUCAAAACAAGGACAGAAUUCGGUUUUUAAGAACUAUUUCAAUUCCCAAAUAAUUUGAAACACGACGUGCCGUUGCAUUUGCAUUCAGGGUUUACAACUAGAAGUUGCAUAUUUUCCGCGUACGGAAAACUAUACAGUUCUCUACGGUAUUAGGAAGAAAUCAUAUGAAGUUCAUAAAAGUUAGAAGUGGAAAUGAACCAUAUUGUUAAUAUUACGAGCCACAUUGGUAAAUUUAGAUACAUAGCGUUUUCUAAUCAGCCAUUACGCGGUAUUAAAAAGUCUCACAAUUAGAAAUUUUUUGAAACCGAGUUAUACCCUUCCUUUGAGUAUAAGAUUGGAAGCGGACGUCAUUUUCUACCGAGUGAGCAAAAUAAUGAAUAUUUCUAUGCAUGUUUUCCAUGAACUAUAAUUGAAUUUUUGAGGGCAUCGAAAAUCAAUGAGAAAAAUGCAUGCUAUUUAAACAGUUGUUUUUACAGAGCGUGGGUUUUGCAUGCAGUCGGAAAGAAGGUCGCUGGAAAGCAGGUACCCUGAAGUAACUCAAAUAUUAUAGAAUUAUACUGCAGGAUGAUUAGUCUUACAGCACUACUUGAUUAAUCUUUUCGAAAGGAAAACGUAUUUCGGGAUUUCGAUUAACAUUUCAUGAUUUAGUCCACCUACUCUAUUUAUAGCAUCAAGGACAGCUGUUUAAUAAAGUUUACAAUUUUGGCCUCAGAAGGAAAGGGUAGCUACCUCACUGUCAUUUUAAGUAACAAGACAAAAAUAGCUUUUCUUGAACUGAAAUGUUUAAGCGACUGAGUACAUGGUCAGAGACCUUAUUAAACAUGAGUGAAGAGUAAAGUGGUAUAAAUUUAAGCUCCCUGCAUUUCUAAAGACAGCGAAUAUGUCAUUCAAAAUUGAGUCCCGCUUUCCAGUAUCGCAUCUUGCUGUCUUGGCAACCACAAAACAAACUGUUCGAGUAGCCCCAAUGCUUUCUCGCUUAGAAAAAUGGGCGUUAUUCAUGGAGGAUAAUAUAUUUUUUCCGAAAAAAAACAUACGACCGUCAUGUGUAUUUGGCAAGUGACAUUCAGAAAAUACAGCUGGCGUAUUGCCCUUAAAGUUAUCUUUCUUUUCGAAGGCUGGAAAACUAAAUUGGCUUGACGGUGGAUGAAUCGAUGACGUCAUUGCGUGACCUUGAAGCCUACCGCAGUUGGUCCAGUGAAUUUUUUGAUUAUACUAAAUAUAUUAUUGGAAGACCCACACACAAAAUUCGACUGACGGGUAUGACGAUGUCCAUCGAAUGCCGUACCAUGUGGUGGCACAGGACACUGGUUUGCGCUUUUAUGGAGACUGGGGUCUUGCGCAGCAUCCGGCGCCGUCUCUCUUUCCACAGCAAGCAAAACUCAGUGCCAAGACAGAUUCAGGAAGACCAGACGCGCAUCCAGACGCAGCCACAUCCCAUCCACGAGUGCCACAUAGGAGCUGUUCCGCCCAGGAUGAUCCAGGCUUUUACAAACAAAUAACGGUUAGGUGGCUCGGAUCCUAUCUAAGCGGGAAUGCCACAGAAGCCAUAUUACAACGCCGCCCUUGCAGUCUGACUCUCUGUCCAAGGAAAACUGAGUUAUCUAGUCAGUUGGUAGACUUCCAAGCGACGACUUGUAGUUCGUCCUGAUCGCUUCUAAACGCAUAAGCCUAAUUAUCAUGAGGAUUGUGGACUGAGGUGCUGUGGGAGUAGAUUCCUCAGCGUCUAAAUCUCUCUCGCACACUCUGCCAUCUCAAGUGCGCCAAUCCACUGUCCGAACCGGUCGACCACCUGAUGCUGGGAUUAGGCGCGAGCGGUUGACACGGCAUUGGUCUGCGUCUAGACGUGACAUCACACCUCGUCAUGGGAUGCGCGGAUUCUGCGUGGCCCAGCUGACGCAUGCUGUAUUGGUCACCGUGUUCACCCAGUGCGUCUCCCGCGUAACCCACUUUAGAGGCACAUCAGUUAAAAAUACGUCCCUCACGUAAUGCAAAUAGUUUGUAUUCCACACUAACUUACCCCAAAUGUUGUUUCCCCAGUUUUGCAGGCAUAGUACUGAUCGCAUGUCCUGUGUUCUUUACUUAACAAAGCUAUAUCCGUUAAGCAGUAUCCCCUCGUGAUGCUCGGCCUUAGCUUAUGGACAGCAGACGUGCAAAUCACCGGACCCACCUGCCUCAUACUUUUACAAACCCUCGAUCUCUACUCCUGAACAGAUAGAUUUUGUUCCUAAAGUGUUGUUCACGUGCACAUACGCACCAACUUAAGACGCAGUUACUGCUGCACACGUUUAGGGCACACUAACUUGGUGCACUUUCUUGCAGCAUCUAGGAUCCUAACGUGGACCGCGACAGCUGCACAGCCAGGGUAUAUAAAGACGUCUUCAACUACCAAUCACAUCGUUCCUCCGUCGUCAGCGCGCCCACGCGAUCCAUGAUCCAAACAAAAGUGUGUUUUCCCUUCAAAAUUGUCAAGGUCGGCUGAUACUGCAGAUGAAGUGUCAACCGCACAGGUCCAAUCGAUAUGGAGCGAAAGGGGAAAGAAAGAGAAAUCGGGAUUCUCCAAUCCCACAUCACAAGCAGUAGUGGGUCAUGGUGGCUCAUGGAGCUUCAUUCGUUAUCUGUACAGCCUUCUGCAUGACAUCUAACGCCUGCUGUUGAACUACGUAGAUGAAAGGGAGGGAAUAAAAUGGGAUAGGCAGGUCCCACAGUACAUAAAACAAAUAUGUUUCUUAAAUUUUUCUCAUGGUUAAACAGCCAAGCGGCCGGGGAAACAGCUGAAGGAGCCGGUUUGAUUGAUCCUCGGGCUUGGAAUUGGUGACAGCAAAUGCCCGAGCCGGAGCGAUCACUUGCCUGUCGCCGAGCAACCUCGCACACUUCUUCGGGUCACCGAUUAGGCAUCAGCUGACAAAAUGGCAUAAGUUCUGUUGACUGGCUUCCCGUCUUGCCAGUCACUUAACAAGUUGCAUGUGACCAAAGAGGAAAAACCAGUUAAUGGAAAUCAUCUUGUUGGAUCGAGGCUGCGCCCUCAUGUAUACAGUAAUGACGCUACGAAGUAUUGCAAGCUAACUGUGAAACUUAGGAAUCUGAAAGUUUUCUGACUUAUAUUAAAUAUCCCUGCUGAUGAUGGAUUCAAAAUUCCCAAUCUGGUCUGAUGCGUUUUUUCUGGGUAAGAUGCGGUGGGCUUCAGACAAGCGGUAGUGGAGGAGUUCAAAAUGAUUACAUUUAGUUCAUAGUAUAAAGCACGCAAAGAAUAUCGAGAUUGCCGACAAAAGCGACCAGGCGAAGUCCAGGAUGCAAUUCAGAAGAAGGGGAAGGAGAAGAAGAAGAAGAAGAAGGAGAAGAAGAAGAAGGAGGAGAAGAAGAAGAAGAAGAAGAAGAAGAAAAAGAAGAAGAAGAAGAAGAAGAAGAAGAAGAAGAAGAAGAAGAAGAAGAAGCGAUGA